UUUGUUCAUAAUUGAGUCAAAUAAUUGAUGUAUACACGUUAACGCACUUACAGUGUAUACGCAUUUAUUGGCAUAUUAUUGGAAACCGCCGGCCUGGAACUUAUUUAGCUUGAAGUAUUAUAAAUGGAUUAAAGUAUUUGAUACUAAGAGAUUUUUGUGAUUGUUUUGAAAAAUAUACAAACGGAACAAAAUUGUCUAUAUAACUGUGAAAAUGGAUACUGUGAAACGGCUUUCAAGAGAUUUCUCCAUGUUAGAUACAGUUUCGGAUGUCCACAAGAAAGCAGACGCAAUAUUACUUCGCAUACAACAAGCACUGGGUCGUACAGCUAGUUCCAAAAGUCAGUAUAUGACUAUUCAUCAUGGAGAAACAUUCAACAAGAAGCACAUUCGGAUGUUAAGUGUUGUAUUGUUCCUUGGAUGUGUAUCAGCGGCGGCGAUUGCGUGUGGUAUCUAUUAUGCGUUUUAUUGGAAACCAUGUACAAAGAAGUUCCUCUACACAAAACAACCGGAGGAUGACAAUGUAUGUGCGUCAGAGGUUCAUGAAUUAUGGGAUAAGUACGCAUGGACUGAAAGCGAGAAAACUGCAUCAUGUUCUAAAUGCUUACGUUCAAACAGUGUUUUCUCCCCUCCACAAAAAUGAUUACAACAGAAGAAACAGUUUUUGUAUCGGUACAUACGAUUCAGCUUUGUACAUGUAUUCUGCGUUCAUUUGUUCAGCAUGGUUUUAAAACUGUGACUACCAUCUACAUUUGCAAUUUUUUCAUAUAGUUUUAAUGUCGCUAAUAUAAGCACUAUUGAGGAUACUCGUGUCAUUAUGUUAAACGCUUGACAUUAAAGACAUUGGAAAUAUAAAGUAUUAUUAUUUUGUGCUGACUCAUAACAUUACACACGAGCAUUAAUUAUAUACGUAUAUAUAAUGAUUAUUAAACCGGUCACACAUUUGUUUCAGUGAAUGAUUUCUCGUUUUAAUUCAUAUUUUUUAAAAAAAUAACUCAUUUAACUGUUUGCUUCAAUAAUAAAUACAAUCAAAUCAUUUAACAUGCCCGUUU